CUCUCUUAUCCAGGCACCUCUGAGAGCGUGAGAGAAAGGAAGUGAGAAACCCUUUUUAGAAAAAAACAUGGAUAGCAUCCCUUGUGAACAAGAAUCUUGGGUUUCUACGAGAAACCUAGGAAAUGUUCAAGAAAAUGAUCAAACCCAAAGCCUAGAUUUUCUUGAUGAUGAUAAUUACAAUGAUGAUGAUCUUUUGUGUCAAGAGACUGAGCAAGUGUGGCAAAACAUGAACCAAAACAACACCUUUACCAAAAACUUCGACAAGGGUUCUCUUCGAAAGAUCCUGAGAAAGAAGAGUCAAGUGCUGUUAGAAGGGUAUGUGGAAGGAAGAAGUAACAGCGAAGAUGAGUUGAAGAGGACAAAGAGUUUGACAGAUGAUGAUCUUGAUGAGUUAAAAGGGUGCUUGGAUCUUGGGUUUGGUUUUAGUUAUGACGAGAUCCCUGAACUUUGCAAUACUUUGCCAGCUCUUGAACUUUGUUACUCAAUGAGUCAGAAGUUUCUUGACGAGCAUCAGAAGCCUCCUGAGAGUAGUUCUCCUGCUGAGGCCGAGUCUGAGGCUGCAAGUUCUAGUCCCAUUGCUAAUUGGAAGAUCUCUAGUCCUGGUGACCAUCCUGAAGAUGUUAAAGCAAGACUCAAAUUUUGGGCACAGACUGUGGCAUGCACUGUUAGAUUAUGCAGCUGAAGGACAUUUUGAAAUCAAAAGGUUCAAACAGCUGAAGGUUCAUCUUUUUGGGAUGAUCGGAUGCUCAUUUUCCUUGGCAGUGGGCAAUCAAUAGCCUGGAACUACAUCUAGUGCUUAUGCCUCACUGAUCCAUUCCAGUGCGCAACUAUUUGGAAGAAUUAAAGCUCCUGCAUUUUCUUUAGCUGGAAUGGACCGGCCAGAGCAUAUGCAAUGAUGGGCUGGCUUAAAAGUAGAUGAAGAGAAAUGUUUCAGGUUUGAGAUUAACCGCAUACCCAUAGGAGUCUGACAUGAUUCGGCGGCUAAGACACAUUUCUGUGAUUAUUGUAUUGAGAAUGUUGAAAAUAAAAUUGUUAUAUGAAUAAAGCCAUUCAUUCUCCAUUUGUUCAAAAUUGGCAGUAGUUUGUGUUUGAUGUGCUUAUAAUUAGUUCCAACAUGAGUUGUUGGUUUUUAUGCAGUAGUGAGAGCCUCUCCCCUAGAGCCUUCACCAAAUACUUCCAGACCUCUGCGGUUGCUGAGGUAACUAAUCUAACUGGGUUGAGUCUAUGGGUACCAUAAUUUCUGCUUUGUUGAUCCAUGAAUGGUUGCUGUAGUGUACUAAUGCUGACAUCGCUUGCUUACCGCUGACAACUAACUUGUGUUCAUCCAUCCCAUGGAUAGAUUAGCUACCCCAUAUUGGCUGGUGGUGGAGGCGGCAAGUAAGAAGGGGGCAUAAAGAAGUGAAGAGGAACAAGCUGAAGCAUAUGCUGAACCCUAUUGCUAUAUGCUAACACAGUUUCUUAUGAUUAAAGCUCAAACAUGUGGAUGCUUGUACCAUUUCUUUCUUUUGCUGUAAAAAAUUAAGCUUUGACUUUCAAACCAACGGUUGAGGUUUCGAUACAUGUUAUAGAAUGCUAUGAUUUUUAUCCGUAA